GAACGCGUCGUUUCACAGAAUUCGAAUCACGGGUCUCACACGGAACGUCCUCAGGUGGUUUUCAAAUUUCCCGCGCGCGCCAAGUCGUGUUCGCGCCAUGAGCUAGUCGUGCAGACGCCGUCGCCCCGCCACCAUUCGUUCACGUCUUUGUAAGAUUUCGGCGGCCGUUCGUCGUGUAACAUUGCGCACACCCGACACCAGAAAUAAGUAUUGAUGAACUCGCCGGUGCCCUUCCAACGGAAAUAAGAGUUGUACAGCUCAUCAUCUCGGUCCAGGCGAUGAAGAUACUCCGCCAGCUCCUUCGGCGACUCGAACUCAUCUACGUGAAUAUAUGACCGGUAGGGCGCGCUGCGAGCGUAAUCCGUUGGAUGUGCACCCAUCACGAUAGGCAGAACGUUGUGUCUGGAAAAGAACGAUAAUUGAAGUGUAUGUAUAUCACAUCCAAAAUCAAGGCACAGGUGGCUAAUAUGGUAAAGAACAAAAUGGAUCGUUACUUUCGAACCAUUCUACUAGAGGCGCUGUAAUCGGUCUUCAGAAUCGGAAAAAGACGUACUAGCAUAGUCUAUGACCAUAAUCACCGCAAACUAACUAAACCAAAGAAAUUCUUCUGUGGAAUCCCUCUGCCGAUAUAUUUCCGAAGCAUGUCAGCAUUAAAUUUCAAUCGUGGAAGAAAAAUGCAACAAGCAAAGACAACAGUUUUAUUAUUUAAUUAAUACAUAACUCAUUAAUGACAUUUUCAUCGUGUGAUUGUAGUGGAAGUUUUCAUUGUUGAAAUAACAUAGUCUCGAGAACAAACCACCACAUAAUCGAUUGCUUUUUGAACGCCAUUUUUCUUCGUUGCUCAUCGGGCGAUUAAGCUUUCUUUGGCAUAAAGCAGUACAAAUGAAAUAAAGCGCAGAUUAUAUAAAUCUGUUUUAAUUCGCGAGUUGUAUCUGUAAUUAAAGAUAUUCAAGAAUAAGUGUCGUAUUACACAGUGGUACAUACACAUACGUAUAUAUAUAUUGUAUACAUAUUUAAUAUACCGUAGAAGAUUUAUUUUUACGACCGCCAUAAUAUAAGUAAAAUGUUCAUGAUGAACCAGAGAUGUACAACAAUACUAAACUAUUUGAUAAAUGAUUCGGUUUCAUUCCACUAGUUCAUCGAUUCCUUGUAUGCGUCAAUUACGUCACAAAGACUGUUAUCAAAAUUAAGUGCAACGUCAGUAACAGUUUUUCUUAAUUGUAAGUGUCAUUUAUCUCUCGGAUCGCAAGCUUCGAAAAUCACAUAAAGGUCAACAAGAAAAUGGAUAACUCAGAAGCAGUUACAGUAAAGGGUGAAAACUAUAAAGUAGUAGAUGAAUGUAACGAAGAAGAAGUUGCAUCUAAUAAUACAAAAACUAAGAUUACAGAGAGUUCUAUAAAUAUAGAGAAACGACCUGUAAACGAACAGAAUAUAAAUGAACAAAAUGCAAAUGCGCAGAAUAUGGAUGAAAAGAAAGCAGAUGAAGAAAGUCUAGAUGUUACAAUUUUAAAUAUUAUUGAAAUAAAAAAGAAAGAAGACAACUUGAAAAAGGAGACUUUGACAGAACAGAAGAAAAGUGACUUGAAAGAACAGGAUUUAACAGAAAAGAAAAAUGAUGAGCAGAAUUUAUUUAUGGAGAAAAAAGAGGACUUAACUAAAGUGAAAGAAAUAGUAGAACUUGUAGAUCUAACUGAUGGAGUACAAUCAGAUGAUUUGAACAUUAAUAAUAAUGAUCAAAAUAGUGAGACGAAUGAAUGUACCAAACCAUCGAAUGGAGAAUUAAUUGAUUUCACUGCUGAUAUUAGUUUGGAUCAAUUAAGUGAACAAAACAAUGUGACAGAUGAAGAUGUUUUACAAAAUUUAGAUGAAAUUGAAAACAUGGUAUUCACUUCAUCUGUUUUUGAAAUGCAAGAUGAUAACAGUAAAAUGGUGACAGAGGAAAUUGCAACUAAUAUGGAAGAACAAAAGUCUAAGGACUCUAAUGAAGCAGAUAAAGAUAUCGAACAGACUACAUCUGCUAAUGAUAUUAAAAAUACAGACAUAGAAGUAGAAGUAGUCGAAGUAAUAAAUCCUGUAAAGGUCGAAUGGUAUGAGAAAAAGAUAGCUGAAAAAGAAGCAAUUAUAAAAGAGCGAUUAACAAAAAUGGCUAGAAUUUUUGGAAUUUCGUAUCCAUGUUAUGAGAAGUGGUUGGAGAAGGAAGUAAAAGCAAAUGGAUCUCUAUGCAAGCUGAAACCAGCUCGUCGUUGUUCCUUGAAGAAGCCAUACACUAAUCGUUGGAAAUUCGUUUGUAGCAGGAAGAAAGUUCAAGACAUCAAAGAGGAAAGCAAUGAUGAUACUUUUAGAUUAUUUACCAAAAAUGCGGAAACGGUUUGGAAACUAGAACCAAGUGGAGCAUGGGGUAUUAACAUGAAUAAUGAACUUGAAUUUCCACCUUUUGUGUUCCGUGCUGUAAAGAUAUUUGAAGAAUUUCUUCAAACAACCGAACGACCGAAUGAUCAGAAUGGUGAAACUGAAUAUACGCCUGAUUUUAUAGAAUUAGAGUCAAAAAAAGAAUCAGGUAACGAGUGUAAACAGGAAUGGAUAUCAUUAGUGGUGCGUUGUAACAGCAUGGAUGAGCUUAUGCUAUUCGCAACGGGAAGAAAUAUUAAUCGCACCACAAUGGAUCGUUUCAAACAAACUUUUGAAUCUGGAUUAGGCAAAGAUUGUAAUGUUAAAUCAUUGUAUUGCAAAUCUACAAAUAAAGUUCAUGACAUUACCGUAACGAACACAACGUUCUUGGUAGGAUCGGAAGCAUUGGAUGAAAUUGUUGGAGGAUUGAAAGUGCAACUUGCGCCCAAAACAAACUUUUGGUCAAACACUGCAGGAGCUGAGAAUGUUGCAAAUGCAGUGAUGGAUUUAUUAGCGCUUACUCCAAAAACAACUGUAAUUGAAAUAGGUUGUGGCAUUGGUCUCAUUGGCUUAAUGAUGGCUUCAAAAUGUCAUCACGUUGUGGGAGUAGAUCUGCCAUCCGAAGUGGAGGAAGCUGAAAUGACGUGUGAAUUAAAUAACAUAAAAAAUGCUUCCUUCAUUAUGGGAACCGCAUCUGAAGUAACAAGCAAAAUAGUAAUAGCAGCGAAAAAAAGCAAACCUUGCGCAAUAAUUAAUGCAAAUACUAAUAUCGGCCGGGCAAUUGAAGUGAUGACAUGCCUCAGAAAAAUUGCAUCUAUCAAGCGAAUCGUGAUGAUAACUACAUUAACAAAACAGUCGGUUCGCGCAAUAUUAGAAUUAGCUCGGCCCCUGGAGAUUGCGGCACAUGGAGCACCAUUUGUUCCUACUGUAGCAUGUGUCGUCGACACUUUGCCAGUUGGUCCACUUGUCGAAGUUGUAAUCUUACUGGAGCGACGAGCGGUGCAUAAACUAAAUGCGCCACCAUUCCAAAAGUCUGUCCAAGGAUUGAGUAAAGAAACUGGUGGUAAGCCCGAGCAAAAGAAGACGUACAAGCAAAAGACGAACGGAACAGAAAAAAAGGUAGCAGUCAAAGAAGCUGAAGCAAGAAAGUCUUUAAAUAAACUAUUAACAAAAUUCCCGACAAAGAAAACGAAACCGCCGAUGAAAAGAGUUAUUCACCCCAAAAAUAUCGAGGCUGCACAUGUUAAAGGUAAAUUCAAGGGUAAACGUCCUCAUUCACCGGAUAUGGGUGAAGCUCCGCCGAAAAAAGUAAUGAAAAAAUUUAGCAAAUUUAAUACUAAACCAUGGCAGCCAGAUGUGGCAGCUAAAAAGAAGAAGGAAUGGAACACAGAGAACCCACACAUUCUAAUCAAUCCUCUAUACGAAAAGAAGCUGCGAGAGCAGCACACAGAGCAAGCAGAUUUAAGGGAAAGAUUGUCUAAUAAUCGGCUUGACACGGACAUCGCUCAAAGGGUAAAAGAGCAUCAGUCACUCUUGAAGAUAGCAAAGGAGAAGCUGAGUGGACCAACACCGACCGUAGAUAUAAAUACCGCGAAACAAUUGCAAAGCAUGUUAAACAUGGUUCUAGAGCAAACGAACAAACUGCAGAGUCAGCUUCCACGCUCUGUUUGGGAUCGUAUAGCUCCCGCAGAUAACGUUGCCGCACAGCGAGACAGUAAAGAAGAAGAAUCUCUGUCGCAAAGUCGAUAUGUGCAUGACAGGAACGGCCAAGAUAUUUUAAUCACCACAGCAAAUAAAUUUUCAAAUAACGAGAUGAGUGACCCAAAACCAUACUACAAAAAGUACAACAACAUACCGCCCUUGGAACCAAACACGAUAGAACCGGUAGGACCACCAACUAGUCACAGCAGAUCAAAUCCAUUCCGCAUAUCGCCUGAUCGGUAUCACGAUACGAACAUGCGCGAUCAGUUAACUCAAGAUAACUGGAAUCGAGAUAAUAAAUCAUUCGAACGGAACCGGUGGAAUGAAAUGGGUAAUAUGAGAAAACCAAAUUCGCCUCUCAGGAGACAAAAUUCCCCGAUGAAGCAUCGUUUGAGUCCCCCAAAAAGAUUCUCGCCUAAACGUCCACUAUUGUCUCCACCUAGACGUCCAAGCUCUCCUCCUAGAAGACACUUCUCACCCAUGCAACGUCCAUCAUCGCCAUUAUAUAGACAACGUUCUUCACCCAUGAGAGGUGCAUUACCAUCACCGUUAAGGCGUCCUAUGUCUCCACUUAGGCGCGCAUCGCCACAAAGACGACCUCAAUCACCGAGACGUCCAUCACCACCUCGACGACCAGAAAUGACUAUGAAUCGACCAAUGUCGCCACUAAGACAGGAUCCCUCGGUUUUGCGACGACAAGUAUCGCCGUUAAUGAUCAUUGUGUCACCCACCAGGAGGCAAAUGUCUCCUACAAGGCCGGAUACAUCUACGCCGCGAAGACAAGAUCCUUCUCCCAACCGAAUGAUGUCUCCAAAUACACAAGAAAUGAUGCUCUCUAGACGACAGAUUGUACUACAUGAAAAGCAACAAAUGUCGCCGAUGAGACGCGCAGAAUCGCCGCAGAGGUACAUGUUUAUGCGACCUACAUCGCCCCCGAGGAGGCAGCCAUCACCACCGAGACGACAAAUGUCACCACAACAGAGAUUCGCGGAUGACUGGGACAUACCUAGCAGAGGAGCUGUCGAGCAAAACAUUUGGCAACGGCCCCCUGAGAAGCUACCAGCCCAGAAUGUCUGGAGAAAUGAUAAGCCUUCGACUUCUACCAACAACUGGGACCAAAAUUCGACCAACGAUAGCCGUCGUAAGGUCUUCUGUAUGAAGAAGUGGGGCAUCAAGGAUUCCAAUCGCGAUGACACAUGGAACAUCGGUGCGGGGAGCUCUUGGAACCCUAAGCAGCCGUGUCAGAAACCAAUAGCUAAAGAGACUUGGCAGCCCAAUCCGGAGAAUAAAUGGUGGACUACGUCCAAAAUGCCUGAAAACAGCAACGAUAAUUGGAACAUCCGAGGAAAAGAGAGUUUCAAUGCCCGCAAAGAACCCUGGAUGGACAACACAAAGAAGAAUAGAUGGGAAACGUAUAAUGCUCAGGACUCCUGGAAGCAGAACGACAAAGAUGACUUGAAUGAUUUGCCGGAAGAUGCGAGAGAUCCUUGGGGCGAUGAUGGUAAUAAUUUAGGGUUAAAGGAGAGGUGGCUCAAAUCAGAAAACACCGCUUCGUCAUCAUCAUCGUCCACGUGGAAGAGGGAAAAUGAUAAGCCAGGGAACAUGUGGUUGACACAUCAAGAUAAUUGGCAGAAUAAGGAUUCAUCUUUCGCACCGAAAUCGCAGUGGCAAAACAAUGGCAUUAAAAAUAUGGGCGAAUUAUGUUCGACCUCACAAAACGAUAAUAAUCAGAAACCACCUUCGUCCACUUGGCAGAGUGGAAAGAACGUAGGCUCGUGGCAAACACAAAAUACAAAUUUCCAACCUCAUCGUUCCUUUUCUACUAGCCAGUUUAAAGGUUUUCAUUAAGAUUUACGUUUCCUACUUUAACGCUAACAUUAGCCAUUCACAAUUUGAUUUGUUAAUGAAUUCUUAUCGUCGCGUUAUUUGGAUCAAGAACGGACAGUAAAUUAAAUGAUUGAAUCAACUACAAGAUGUCUACAACCGAGGCUUUAUAAUAUUUUACUGCACGUUCUACAAAUUCAUAAGAAUGAAACAUUUCAUUUUCAAAGUGAUUUCUGUUAUUUAAGUAUUAAGUUAAAUAAAGCAUCAAUAGUAUUAAUUGAGAACGUAACUUCACUAUAAAUAUAGAACCUACAAUUUAAAGUUAUAAAACUUAGGAAAUGGUAUUUACAUAAAUCUCCUACGAGAUAGUGUAAAAAGUAAGUUCAAUUGUACUUUUUAAAUAAAUCUGCAUUUACAUAAAACAGUAAAA